GGCUCCAGUAUAUCUAUUGACAUACACGUCCUCUUCCGGGUGUGUUUGAAAAGACUUUCACUGAGCUGUGGAAGGGGUUGAUCGAAUGAUACACACGGCAACUCAAACUCAAGCCAAGACCAUUUUGAUGAAAAGAGCAGUGCAACCAGAAAGAGAACAGUUGUAAUCUGUGUGCAGGAAUGUCAGAAGCUAGUUUUGACUCGGAUAAUCAAUCGGACCCUAAUGAACAGGGCCCUCAAAAUACUGCUGACACUGUGAGCCAAUCAGAGGCCAGAAAAAACAGCCUGGAUGAAGCACGUAUGACUGAAAUUGACAUCAGUGAGGACAAGGAUGUUGGAAACCACAAUUAUAUUCACAGUGAGGAUGAUGGUGAUGAAGAUGAGGAUUCUCAGGCCCAGAGUAAAACUAGUGGAAUAAUUCGGGAUAAUGGUGAUUCUGAAACACCAAGCAGUGUGGCAACAGAAGCUGAUGUGAAGGUGGCUAUGGCAGAGGAGGCCCACAGAAGCCAGGCUGCUCAAAUCUCAGUCACCAGAAACGGAGAAGCAGACAAGAGUAAUGAGGAAGUGUUUCACAGGGAUGUGCCACACAAUGCCUCCUCUGGACCAAUCACAUCACAGUCCCACAAUUCACCUGAAAACUAUGCAAUGAAUGAGGGAGUGGUCCAAGUGGGGCCAUAUACAGGGUCGCCAUUCCAGGCCACCACACCUAAAGUUGUCCCCAGUCCUGCAGCAGCCAGCCGGCUAGCUCGCAGCAUCAGUGAUAGUCAGGUGGAGACACAGAAAGGUGCUUCGAGAGAGCAGCAGAUGGGAGGAGCAGUGGUUCUUGCUGAUGACAUAAAGAGUCCUGCCAUAGAGAAACUGGAGCUGGUGAGGAAGUGGAGCAUCAGCACUUACAAAUGCACUAAGCAAAUACUUUCGGAGAAGUUAGGUCGUGGCUCCCGUACAGUUGAUUUGGAGCUGGAGGCCCAGAUCGAGAUUCUUCGUGAAAACAAACGAAAGUAUGAGCAUGUUAUCAAGCUGGCGCAGACACUUUGCACUCAGCUGGCGCAGAUGAUGCAGACGCAGAGACAGCUGGGUGACGCGUUUGCUGACCUCGGUCUCAAGACACCCGAACUACAUGAGGAAUUUGGCUACAAUGCUGAAACCCAAAAACUCCUGGCGAAAAAUGGAGAAACUCUGUUGGGAGCUAUCAACUUCUUUAUCUCCAGUGUUAAAACUCUAGUGGAUAAAACUAUAGAGGACACCUUGAUCAACAUUAAGCAAUAUGAAGCAGCAAGGAUUGAGUAUGACGCAUAUCGCACAGAUUUGGAGGAGCUCAAUCUGGGUCCACGGGACGCCACCACACUCCCUAAGAUCGAGCUGUCUCAGCAACAGUUCCAGAUCCAGCGUGAAAAAUACGAAAGGAUGCGCAAUGACGUCUCAGUCAAACUCAAGUUUCUGGAGGAAAACAAGGUGAAGGUUUUACACAACCAACUGAUUCUCUUCCACAACGCCAUCGCUGCAUACUUCGCAGGCAACCAACAGCAGCUGGAACAGACCCUUAAACAGUUCCACAUCAAACUAAAGUUACCAGGAGGAGAAACCCCCUCUUGGCUGGAGGAGCACUGAUUGAAUCAGAUGGUAUAAUCCAGAGUGGAGGGCAGAGCUCAGCACUCCAUAAGGAAACCAAAUUCAUAAUGCAAAAAUUUCUUGCUAUCACUCCUUUCCCUUUUUACAACGUUCAGGACACUAAAACCUGUCAAUAAAUGUAUGGCAGGAAACCAUUUUGAUAAAAGAGAAACAUUUAGCUCCUCUCUUUGUCCUUGCUAUGUCUGACUUUACACUUGAAGUUUAGUUUUUGAAUAAAUGCUUUUUCUUUUGUCUGAGAGUUUGCACUCUCUUGUGCAACAAAAACAAUCUUGUUGUUUUUUAAUCAAGUUACCAGCACUUUAGUGGUAGACAAAAUACAGACAUCUAAACAGGAAGCAGGAAGAAAUGAGGGGCCUUAUGAAUGUUGUACAGACUUUAAAAAAAUGUUUGGACUUGAUUCUACGUAAUUCUACCUUUUCAUCUUUUUCUAGACCUCACUGGUGUCAACCUCUCCUAAUCUUUUUUUUAUGUAACUGCACUGUUAUAUUGUAAUCAAAUACAUUGACAUAAAUUUCCAUACUGCCGCCUUACAGGGCAUAUUGAUCUGAAAGGUUGGCCAUUUAAGUUCAAACUUGAAGUUUUGCUCUGCUGCAUUUACUUUCACAAAAAGGACAGGAUAAUCAGAGGUUAUAAAUGCUCAAUUUCUGGCUUUUUUGCUAUAAAUUCUUAAAGUGAAACUUUUGUAGAUCUAAUUGAAAGGUGAUGGGGCUUCGUUUCUGACUUGAUGUGCCUUGCUCUUUGUCAAUCAUCAGUUUUAAUCAUCUUCAGUGUUGUCAGGAGUUGUGAAUAACAAAUACUCUCAUUACCAUACAGACCACAGAAUGGACCAAUAAACACAGCCAUAUUUGCAGUCCAGGAUAAUCACGCAUGCACAUAGACCAGCAACCUCCAUUUAACUUGAAAUAACAAGCUUUUUUUUUCCUUUUUAUUUUAUAAAGCAACCUUUCUUUGCAUUCCAUUUCUUUAAUAACUAAGCAAGGAAACUAUGUUGUACAAAAUGUAAACCAAAUUAAUUUGACGUGAAAUACCAUGUCAGCUGCCUCGGCUGUUUAUAUGCGUUUGAGUUUUGUUGUUCUUUCUCAGUUUUUUUUUUUUUUUCUUAAUUCAUUUUUAAAUAUAAUGUCAGAGGAAGAGGAGCUCUUAACCCCAGUAUCAACUCAGAUGAUGAAAUAAUCCCAUACUAACCUGGAAAAGCUUUCAAUUUGGGCAUUUAAAAAAGCCUCUACCAUGGCAAUAUAUACAAGGGGGAAACUAUGUCAAAAAAAUAAAAGAAUGUGGAACAAAUUAUAAAAAUCUUGAUGCCAAAUGGAAUGUUAAGAUUUAUAUCUUGAAUACAAAAUAAUGCAGUUCUUUAUUCUUGGAGACUCUUAAAGCAUCAGUACACCAGGUUCUCCUUGUCUUGCCUCUUUUCAUUUGAUGUACAAUAAACUACCUUUAGAUUCUGUGUGACUUCAGUUCUGUCUUAGCAGCAGACAGACACCAAUGUGCAGUAAAUGUGAGAAUUGACUGACAUGCAUAGUCACAUCUUGAAUAUAUAUAUACAUUUGUUAAAUCUUGUAUUUCACUUUGGGUAUAUAAUAACUUUGCUGUGUGCUGCUUUUUUGAGGAUUUGUUGGUAAAUGAUGGAUCAGAUGUUUAAGAGCAGAAAAGAUCUGAAUGUUGAAUCAUGGGAGAAAAUAAAACUUUUCAUUC